CAUCCCAAUCAUCCAAGAUGGCGGACGCGGACGCCCAAGAGGAUGAACUUCUAGCUUUAGCGUCAAUCUACGAUGAACGGACUUUCACGCACUCUUCAGAAGAAAAGGGUGGCCAGUUCAACGUCUUUCUAGACCUACCAGACCACUUUCAGAUCAGGGUUCACUCUGCACAUAUGCCGAAAUCGUCGAGGAGUAAAACCCAGGAGGACUCUGCUGCCUCGGCGUCUAGCGAAAAGGACGGGUUCGAAUGCAUAGAUCUCAAGUACUUACCGCCUAUCGUUCUUAACUUCGUGAUGCCUGAGAAUUACCCAUCUAUUCAGCCACCAGAAUACACUCUUUCCUGCAAAUGGCUAACCAGACAGCAGCUAUCCAAGCUAUGCAAAGAUCUUGAUGAGAUCUGGACUGAUCAGGGAGUGGGGGAUGUCAUCAUUUUUCGCUGGACUCAGUUCUUGAUGGAUGAGGCAUUAGAAGUGUUGAAUAUAAAAAGCCCCAUGACGGUGCGCUUCCAUAGACAGCAAAGCAUUCCUUUAGACUCAUCCCUGGUAGACAAGCGAGCAGUGCAAGAUGUUGCCUCAUACUCAUUACUAAUUGCGUCAAUCUUAGAGUAUGAAAAACAAGAGAAAGCAAGAGUCUUUGAUACAAGUUACUUCACUUGCGAUGUGUGCUUCAGUGAAAAACCUGGCUCCAUGUGCUUGGCAUUUCAUAAUUGCGGUCAUGUCUUUUGCUGUGAAUGCAUGACUGGGUAUUUUACAGUGCAGAUCAAUGAUGGGUCUGUCAAGGCUCUCACUUGUCCUACAUCAAAAUGUGAGUCACAAGCUCUUCCGUCACAAGUAAAGAGGGUAGUCUCUGAAGAAACAUUUGCUAAGUAUGAUAAGUUCUUGCUUCAAUCCAGUCUAGAUGGUAUGUCAGACAUAACCUACUGCCCUCGCCCUGAUUGCCAAUCCCCCGUCUUGGUGGACAGUGAGUCUACAAUAGGGUUAUGCCCUGCUUGCUCCUUUGCCUUCUGCAAAAUCUGUCGACUGGGUUAUCAUGGAGUAUCCCCCUGCUCCAUCAAAAAUUCUGAAUUCAGAAAGCUAAGAACAGAAUAUCUCAAAGCUACAGAAGAAGAGAGGGCCUUGUUAGACCAACGUUAUGGCCGGGACAGAUUAAAGAAGGUUUUUGAGGAAGUUGUUUCAGAGGACUGGGUGAAGUCCAAUUGCACCAAAUGUCCAAGCUGUAGUUACCAAAUUCAAAAGUUUGAUGGAUGCAAUAAGAUGACUUGCAUCAAAUGCAGGGCAAACUUCUGCUGGCUGUGUCGGAGUAUUCUCCUGACAACAAAUCCCUACCUCCAUUUUAACAAACUGGGAAGCCAGUGUUUUGGUAGACUGCUUGAAGGUGUUGAUUUGGCUCUUGAUGAAGAUGAUGAUGAUUGGUUUGAUGACUUUGAUGAGUUCUGAAAAACUGAAUUCUUUCAAUCAAGGUUUCUACAAUUUGGUAUCUAAUUUAAAUUUUGUAAGCUCAGGGAGAAAAAGAAAUAAUGCAUGGAGUUCUACAGAAAUUCAAAAGGGGUAAUGCAAGGAAUGUUCACAGCCAUAUUUCUCAAAUAUAUCUUUUGGAGAAAUUGUGAGAUCUUCAAAUCUUUGUGGUGAUGAUGAAGAAAAUGAAGGCAAUAAGUAUUUGAAUUAUGGUACAAUCGGACUAACAAUAGCAGAAAGUAUAUGAAGAGCAAAAAGGCUGGAACUGUUUCCUUAGAUUUUACACAAAAGCCCUGCAAGGAAACUCAGUCAGCUUACUCAGCUACAAGGUAGGCCAGGGGGAGGUAAGAUAAUGUUAUAUUAACACGACAUUGAUAGCUAUAAGUAAGUUGCAAUGUAAAGUAGAGGACAACAGGUCAAUAGGCUGGAUUGGGGUGAGGGGGGAUGGGGGUGAGGAAACAAUUUUUAAGGCUCCUCAUUAAAAAGUCCAAAUAUAACAUACUGUAGUCAUUAGAAGCCACAUUCCAUUUAGCUGUGAAGGAUAUUCUUUAGUUGAACUCAUCUUAGCUUGAGCUUGAAUAGCCUGAAUAGCCAUGAUAUUGGACAGUAUAAAAGGCUUAUAUGAGGGGUAUUGUUUACAGAGUGCAGAUUUGGCAUAGCUUAUAAACACAGGCAAUUACAGGCAAUGGAGGACGCUACAAUGAAGGACUAAUUACCACAGAAUAAAGAAAUAUCAAUGGGAGAUCAAUUUAGAGUUUUCUUAUGUACUCUUUUGUUUCCUACAUUUGUGUGGUUGAGUUAUAAGAGGGACUGUUAAAUAUUUGAGAGAGUAGGGGAUUACAGCAUCAAUCACCAAAAACAUAUACAUAAUUAGAUAUUAGAAUAAGGACUAGAAUAAUCACCUAAUUACCGUAUUACUGGCAUAUUAUGCGCACCUGCAUAUAAUCUGCACCCCAAUUUUCAAGGCCUUUUUCAAAAAAAAAAAUCGAAAACCCGCGUAUAAUACGCACCCUAGAAACAGCAAGAAAAUGAGAAAAGAUGGAAUUCUUGAUCAAUUUUGCAAUAUAAAUAAUUAUAUAAAUGAAAAAUGUAUGUCAUUUAAAAUAAACGUGAAAGUGAAGGUGAUAUCGCGAAAAACUACAAUGACCAGAAGCUGUACAGAACAUACAAAUAUUUAAAAUAGUGAAUAAAUAUUGCUUGCGUGAU